AAGAGAUCAAAACGGAAGAGAGCAGUUGUAUCGGUCUGUGUGCGUGACUUCAAUCACUUCAGUCUUAUCGAUGACUCACUGCAGCUAUUUUUAAACCAAAUGAUCGAAAGUUUGUGUGACAACUUUUCGUUCCCAAUUUAUGAUCGUCUUAUGCCGCAGUGGAUUUGUGGGUCGACAUUCUUCGCUAGAGCUGGUCCGGUAACAGUGGACUUCUUCAAGAAAGUCGCGCAUAUGAUGACGCGUCGUCAAUCUCCCGAUUCGUCGAUAAUGACUUACUUAUGUGGCGCCAAGUACUACAAAUGCUCCACUCUACCACGGUGGUUAUAUCGAACUGGCUUCGAUCAUUCGCUUAUGGAGAAUGUGUUCAUGCAUACUGGCAGACUCGUUAUGUUUUACGGUAUUAAUCUCUUUGCUUCUGUAUACCAUCCAUGGAUAUUAGGUUCACUAACUAUUAGAGUGUCGUUCGGAAAUCAGUCAGUCGCAGUAGAUAAGGUUCAGCUGGUGGGAAAGUUGAUGGGCCCUGAAUCGACAAACGGAAGGUACAGGACCAUGGUACUGAUGGCGUAG